AGGAAUUUCAACUAUGUUUAAAAGAAUUAAUAAAUGUGUUCAAAGAAUUCGCAAUUUGUUUCGAAAGAAGAACAAGGUUCAACCUUUAAUCUCCGAGGCGACUGAACCAGAGAACAUUUACGUGCCUACCCCUGUGCACCUUUUCCAAGUGCCACAGGUGAGACUUUCAGAAGCACGUACUGAGAGAGAAGAACCUAUUGAAAAUGUGAUAGAAACGCAAGUAGAAAGCGUGAAAGAAAGAGUGGAGGAAACUAUAAUAGAAAGCAAAUAUCUUCUCAAUGUGAUUGCUGAGGACACUGAAGAUGAUUCUGACCAUGGAGAGGUCAUAGAGAAAGAAGCAGUGUCAAGCUCAUCAGAAGAUGAAGCUGAGAAUCCUCCAGGCACAGAUACUGAAGCGGUUGUGUUCCCUUCAGAUGCCUCUACUAGUGCCUCUAUGGGAUCUAAUUCUAGCUUUACAGAUGAUCCCAUCAUGAUUGAACCAAGCCCUGGGGCAAUACUAAUUGCAGUACAAGAAGCCAAGACAUUUUCAGAUGAGCCUAAGCCUCUAAUGUCUGGAAGAUGUUUCCUUAUGGCUUCCCCGGGCAGUGAAAGUACAUCAAUAUCAAUAACGACUUCAGGAAGUGAAACUGUAUCACAGACUGAGAAUCUAUCAGAAGAGUCAGAAGAAGAGAAUGGAAAGACCUCGGAAUUACAGUCUGACCAUCUGGUAGAAGAGAUGAAUAUGACUAGUGGGAAUGUCUCAGCAUUAUCGGAUCUUCCACAAAUGUCAGAUAAAAGAACAGACAGUGAUUUCUAUUGCUCAACUGAUUCAAGGAGAAGCCUAUAUGAGCAAAAGACGCCUUCAGGAUGUCCUGUACCAGCAAACAGUCUGGCAGGUGGAUCUGUUAUUUCAGAGAGAGAGUCAGAGAAAGAAAUAAGUUCUGUUAAACUUAAUCUUCCUCGGGCUCCACAAAAUUCUAUGGAUUUAGUCCGACCCCCCCAGGGAGGGGUUUUGGCAGAGAGACUGGAGACUGAAGGUGCAUAUGGAUAUCAGCAACCUGUUUAUCAGCAGACCUCUAUGAUCCCUAUUGAGGAUUUCCAGUUCCACAAAUGGCUUGGCCAAGGAAAUUUUGGAAAGGUCUUUAUGGCAGAACAUAAGAAGACAGGGAAAAAGGUUGCCAUUAAAAUGAUGGAAAAGCUACAAAUCUGUUGCAAUCAAAUGACAGAAAGCCUUUUCCUGGAAAGGGACAUUUUAAGAUUGUCGAGAAACUCCAGAAACCCUUUCCUGGUUAGUUUGGUCUGCGCUUUCCAGAGAGAACAUCACGUGUACAUAGCGAUGGAGUUUGCUGCUGGGGGCAGUUUGGCUUCCCACUUGGGCAACGGAGCCCUCCCCCAUACAAGCACUUUAUUUUAUUCAGCCUGCAUUGUACUUGGAAUUAAGUUUUUACAUGAGAACCGAAUCGUCCACAGAGAUUUAAAGCCUGACAAUAUUGUUAUAGACAGUGCCGGAUAUGCACAACUUGCAGAUUUUGGACUGUGCAAAGCAGGAAUUGACUUCAGAGAUGUUAUGCCCUACCCAUGUGGAACUAUAAAUUACUGUGCCCCUGAAAUGUUUACAGGAGAGGGCUACAAAAGAACCGUGGACUGGUGGUCUUUAGGUGUAAUCAUCUAUGAAAUGGCCGUCGGCAAGAUGCCCUUCCACGGAAAUAAGGAGGUCUUGCUUGAUAGUAUUCUCAAUAAAGAACCAGAAUACCCAGCCGGCCUGGAUGGUGGAACUAGAGUGAUAAUAAAAGAGGUGAGUUGCCCAGUGAUAUUGCUGACUUUUGGGCUGGACUAUGGGCCUUUGUGUAACCAUAAUCAUAACUAUAAUGUUUGUUUGUGUAGCUUUUAGAGAAAGACCCUGAAUAUCGGCUCGGAUCUCUAAGAAAUGAUGGUGAAGAAGUGAUGAAUUUUAGCUUCUUCAAUGUAAGUUGAUCUUUAUAGACAUGUUUCAGGGCAAUGUUAUGGCGCAAUGGGGCAGAUUUCCCCAGUCAUAACUGGGAGGCAGAGAAUAUAUUAUAGUGGGUGUCUGUGCGGGAUAGUUUCCUAUUGCUCUCAUUAUUUAGCAACAAAGUAUUCAAUAUUCAGUAGAAGGUAAAUGAUCAUGUUUUUGUAUUUGUAGCCAAUAAUGUGGAACGCGCUCAUGGCCAAGCAGAUUCGCGCUCCAUUCGUCCCGAGCCAAGAUAUCGUGCAGAGCAAAGCUGGAAAUGAUGGGGCUAUUGUAACCCCCCACAACUGCACGAGUAGGAUUUCCCAUUUUACACAAAAGGCCUUUAUAGGAUUUGAUAUGUUGCCAGAAGACUCCUCAUAAUGAUGAUGAGGAUACACUGAUGAACAAGAUAUGCUUGGGGAGACAAAGGAUAGAGGAUGGAGGACUGGAUGGAGGAUGGAGGACUGGCAUGCCACUAGUCUGACUGGAAUGCCACUAGUCAGACUGGAAUGCCACUAAUCAGACUGGCAUGCCACUAGUCAGACUGGAAUGCCACUAGUCAGACUAUAGAGAAAGACGCUGAAGACUGGGCUACCCCCCCAGCGAGACCAGCCAUGUACCCACCACUGCCGUCAGGAUGAGCCUGGUGGUGAAGGGCCCAGCUGGACUGGGCCUA